UUCUUCUCAUCUUUCCUUUCACACUACACUAAUCUUUUUAUUUUAUUUCUUAUUUUAUUCUAUUUAUUUCCUUUCCAUUAUCUUCUAAAUUUUCACGCACUAAUUAAAAAUAAUAUUCACAAUAAAGCCAUUAUUAAAAUGUUCAUAAACAAAAACUAUACACUUUAUAUCAAAACAAAUCUUCUUCAUUUAAUUUUCCUACACAACUCAUUUUCAUAUUUGAUUAAAUUGGUAUAGACUUUAUACAUUUUAAAAUUUUGAACUAAAUACAGUUCUUCUUAUUUUGUUUUUAAUUUAUGGAUUUACUAAAUCAUCUAAGAUUCCCUAGACAUAAAUUUUAAAUUUAUACAUGGAGAUGAAUUAACUUUUUUAAAUCUUCUUUGAACUUUUCUAAAAUUGUAAUUCAACCAAAGAGUUGUGGUUUUUGUGAAAACACAUAUUUGGGCUACAUAUAUCAUUAAGGUUAUAUAUAUAUAUAUAUAUAUAUAUAUAUAUAUAUCCUAUUUUAAAUAGUAAAGAGAAGAAAUUGGGUCACGUGUGAAAGCCAUGUGUGGGACUUCACUUGCAUUGGUAGGUUUAGGGUAAAAUGCCCCCGUGACCAUGCAGACCUAUGUCUUUUACUUCUUUAUUUCAACCAAAAUUAUUGUAUUGGACCAAUUUAAAAAUUCUUCUUCCAAUCAACUCUUAUUUCCUCUUUUCCUUAUAACUAAUUAGAAGCAAUACUUCACCUUUAAUUUGCUUCUGACUGCACCAAUUUUAUUGAACAAAAAGAUGUAGAUAUAUAAUUUUGAAACGUUUUUCUUUAUUUUGUUUAGUGUGCAUAGUUUGAAUAUAUAUAUAUAUAUAUAUAUAUCUCAUUCAAUAUAUACUUCAAUUGUAAUUUAUCUCAUUCUUAAAAUGCUUUAAUUCUUUCUUUUGAGCGUGAUAAAGAAAAUCAAAUGUAUAAAGAUACUAUAUCUGGACACCAAAUACUACUUUAAUUAAUUGGGUUUUUUUCUCUUUUUCUCUCUUCUGGAUCCUAUCUUUGAAUCCAAUAAUGUUGAAAAAAUGUCAAUGAUUUUUAUCCAACGCACGUUACCAAAACAUGUGAACUCUCUCUCUCUGUCUUUCCAUAUCUCUCUGUCUCUCCUCAUUCACUCACUCACUCACCUCCGGCUGCCACAGCUUCCGUAUAUAAACAACAGAAAACCUUCACAUUCAUAUAUAUCUCAAAUUCAAACUCAUAUAUUCUCCACCAUCCCCCCCCCCCCAAGAAAUGGGUUUUGGUUUUUGGGGCAGAGUGAUUUUAGCUUUGUUUCUUCUUCUUCAAGCUUCUAGUUUAUGGUUGCCAUUUCUGCAGCAAGCAGAAGCCGCAGCAGCAACUGCAAAACCCAACAAAAGAAGCAUGUUGAAAGGAAGAAAGCAAGCAAAUGGUUGUAAUUUAUUUCAAGGAAGAUGGGUUAUUGACCCAUCUUUCCCUCUUUACAAUUCAUCUUCAUGCCCUUUCAUAGACUCCGAAUUUGACUGCCAAAAAUAUGGCCGACCCGAUUCCCUUUACCUCAAGUACUCUUGGCGACCCGACUCAUGUAACCUUCCAAGAUUUGACGGGGUGGAUGUUUUGAAGAGAUGGAGUGGGAAAAAGAUAAUGUUUGUGGGUGACUCACUGAGUUUGAAUAUGUGGGAAUCGCUGUCGUGUAUGCUACAUGCGUCGGUGCCUGAUGCCAAAACAAGCUUCCUCAGAAGAGACUCUAUCUCCUCUGUCGUCUUUCAGGACUAUGGGGUAACAUUGCUUCUAUAUCGGACGCCAUAUCUUGUGGACAUAGUGAAAGAGGACGUUGGUCGAGUCCUAAAACUAGACUCCAUCCAAGCUGGAAAGGCAUGGCUAGGGAUGGACGUUUUGGUUUUCAACUCUUGGCAUUGGUGGACCCACAAAGGAGACUCUCAAGCGUGGGAUCUUAUACAAGACGGGGCCACACGGUAUCAAGACAUGGACCGUUUGGUAGCAUUUUACAAGGGAUUGACGACAUGGGGCAGAUGGGUUGACCUUAAUGUUGAUCCUACAAAAACAAAGGUCUUCUUCCAAGGAAUCUCACCUACCCACUAUUUGGGAAAGGAAUGGAAUCAGCCAAAAAAGAAUUGCAAUGGAGAGAGUGAACCGUUAGCUGGAUCAAUGUAUCCAGGAGGAGCCCCACCAGCAGUAGAUGUUGUAAAUAGAGUAUUGAGUAGAAUAAAAGUACCUGUUUACUUGCUUGACAUCACCACGCUCUCUCAACUACGAAAAGAUGCCCAUCCCGCCGGUUAUAGCGGAGAGCAUUCUGGGACAGAUUGCAGUCACUGGUGCCUUCCUGGAUUGCCUGAUACAUGGAAUCAGCUCAUGUAUGCUGCUCUCUUGACCAUGUGAAGAUUCAAAUAAACUUACUUUGAGUUUUCUGUCAAAAUUUCAGAGACAACUCUUUUUUUCUUUCUUUACAAAAGAAAAUAAGGAACAGAACAGGUAACAAUUGUUAUUAUUGAAUACUCAUUGGAUGGUACAGAUAAUAGGAGCAACACAAUUGAUAUAAUUGAAUUUUACAGGUUUAGGAAUGAACUUCUGGUUUAUUCAUUCAACGGCCUUGUACCCAUUUAGUUUUACAUUUUGAUUUGAUGGAUAGUGCUGUAAUCUUGUUUCUCAGUGAAGCAAAUUGUCAAAUGAUUUGGUUUCAUGAAUUUAUUUGUGUGAAA